ACGGGACAGAUCCCUUCUCUUCUCAGUUGAUUACCGGAUUUCGUUCAUCCAUAAGAGGGGUCACGGCUCUCUGCUAAGGCAAAUAAACGAUCGGAAGUCGCAGCCGAUCGCGUUUGCUCCGACGGGAAACGAACGUUUAUGACUGUAGCGGCAACAGUUAAAAACGUUCAGUAACUUCUUAAAGUUGCACGUCCCAAACACAAUUUCCCCCCUAGUCUUGCCAAAUACAGUAUUGCAGCAAAAUAUAUACAUGCAGAACAUUUCUACGUUAUAUCCUACUUGUUAGCGAAUCGAGGUCAGAAGUAUCGCAAAAAAACAUUUCUGUUAUCAAAAUAAUUAUUAGAGAGCCUACGGAUAUCCACCUCCAAAUUUGAACACUAACUCACAGCUCGUGACGUCACGGUGAGUGAGUGGUUCUGGCGCCGACUCAUCCUGUCAAACGAGUAUAAGUGGGCAGCGGUGGGUUGAGAUAAGCCAGUCUUAGCUACGGUGCGCCUAGAGAAGUACGGCACCGAAACCUUUUCCCGUGUGUGACUCGUAGCGAGCUUUACAAUUAAACCGCAAAAAUGAUGCAAGUUAGUUCGAUGUACGCGCAAGCCCUUGAGAGGCAGCUGGUCUCCCGCCGUUCACAACUGAUCCACAACCUUUCUCGCUCCAGCUGUGGCCAGGCAGAACCAAUGAGACAGGCUGCUGACGAUCCAUUCCUCGACCCUCUCCCUCCGCUUCCACCUCCUUCCAACAAACACCUGCCUGAGGAAGGUCACCACCAAGGAUUAGACAUUGACCCGAAGGAGUGCACGGACCGUCUGUGCCGCCUCCCUUCGCAGUGUCGUGGUGGCCACAUCUUGGGAUCCCCGCGAAGGCACAACACAUCGGCAGCCGCCGCAGCCGCCAAUUCGGCUUCCCGGUUGACGCAAUCCACCGGCAAUCUCUCCGACUUCAGCCUCCUGAAGAAGAAAGACCCGAUGGACCCCCUUCCACUCGCCCCACCCUCACCAGUCUUCGACAAGAAGGCCGCCAAGAAGCUUAAGGAGAAGCAAGACAAGGCCAUGAAGAAGGCGCCCUCCAACUUCAUGCUCCUCACGCCCUGGUUCACCCGCCAAAAUUGCGAGAAGCUCUUGUCUCAGGUGCGCUCGGGAGACAUCUUGGAGUUCAACAUCAAGCUCCACCACCACUGGGGCAUCGCCGUGCUUCCCAAAAAUAAACAGGCCAGCUUGAGUACCUUGGAAAUGGCCCAUCUCCUUCGGGAUAAGGAUGGCCGUCAGAGAGUGGUCCGACAGUCUCUGAAGGAUUACUGGACCGAAGGCGUCACUGCAAGGAUCAACAACUCGAGAGACGUCCACAAGCCACCACUAGCCGCUGGAGAGGUGACAUCGACCGCCCUAAAGUUGAUCGUGCAGCCUUACCGAGUGUGGCAGAAUUCGGAACAGAUGGUCGUCCAUUGCCGAUAUGGAGAAGGACAGAGGGCGAGGCAGCUCAGCGACGCAGCAAGAUGGGGCUCGCUGAGCAGGUGUGUGGGCCUGUGGCUGACCCUCACCUCCUCGACCCAGACCUCCCCCACGGGAUCCCCCAAACCGAUCCGACAGAGGACAGUCUCCGUCAAUUUCUGAGAGAGGGAGAGGCCUAGUCUUCUCCUGUCGGUGACCUUCGCGAGAAACAGAAGCACGGUAUUUAUGUAAAUAGCCCGACUCUGCUGGUUAUUCCGUAUUUUUGGAGAGAUGGGUAUGACGGCUGUUGUAUUUAUUUUUCGGAUGCAGCCCAGGAUUAUCAGGAUAUGAUGCUGAUACCCUCUGCAGUUCUCUGGGGACACACUUUCGCGCGCACUGCUGGGGAUAUGAUGACCUGGCUGGCGCAGUUUGAUCCAAGUGAGAUAUUUGCAAUGGAAAUCACCAAUCCGGUUUUUUGUUGUUCGGAUGCAAAGUUAGUUUAUUUUUUUUAUUACACUUUUUUUUGUGCAUUGGGAGAUGUAGGGAGAUGUAUGAGUGUUACCGAGAUUGCCGUUCACUGUGUCGAAAGUUUCAUCUGUGAGCAGGUUUCUCAUGGGCUUGGUGCCACGUAACGUUAAUGAAAGUGCAUAAUUUGAUGAGAUGCGCAUAUCGCCGUACGAUUUUUAUGCAUAAAAAGUUAACUGCAUGCACACCUAACAUUCGCGCUUUUAUUGGUAAAGAGAAGGAGAAAAGAAAGUCAAAAGAUUACUUAUGGGAAUUUCAGAGAGAAGCCGUGUCUUCAUUAUCUCUUUUAUAAGGAUUCAUUUUUGGACAGCCUGAAUACUCUCUUCCAAAAUGAGAAAACUGCAAAUUUAAUGAGAAUGUUAGAAAUUAGGUUAGUUAAAACGAAAAACUUUCCUUUUCGUUGGGAUUAUGACUAAAAUACAUCUGUUUCCAGUGAAAUACACAAGGAUUCAUACAAGAUACACUAACUAUAUAAAUGAGUAUACUACAUAUCCGGAUGUAAAUACAGUCAUUGAUAACAUCGAUAAAGAUUUUUUUUAUUAUAGUGACUAUUGUAAGAUUGAAAAAAACGUCAUGCUAUCGGCGCUUUUUUUUUUUUUUUUUACAUUAAAUUGUGUUUCGUUCAGCUAGUGGUGUACUGAAGAGAACUUUAGUUAUGCAUUUCAACAAACUUUUUGUUUAUAGAUAGUUCACUGGAUAAUGACAUACCAUUCACACGUAGUUGCACAUAUAAAAUACACACAUACACACACACACACAUAAACAUAUAUAUAUAUAUAUAUAUAUAUAUAUAUAUAUAUAUAUAUAUAUAUAUAUAUAUAUAUCCACAUGAAUCCUAAAGUUUAAAAUAUUUAGGGGACUCUUAAGCGAAGUUUAUUUAGUAGUACGCAUUAGGGUAGCUAAGGAUACUACCGCUCAUAAAGACUUUAGUAAAAAUUGUUAGACUUCCUGAAUGGAAUAAUUAUCUUGUUUAUUUUAUAGAAUUAGGACGAUAGAGAUCUACGGCAAUAGGCAAAACAGCCCACUUUACUAUUUCUUUCAGUACAAAUCCAUUUCGUAAAUGACAUUUGGUAAUGAGGAUCAAAUACGCAUUAGGCUGUUGAUGCUUCGGUUAUAAUUACGUGGUAUAAGUAACUGCUAGGGAACUUAUUUGUGGUAGAUCGAAAGUGGUGUGAAAAAUGCGUAGAAUUUUGCCUCUCGCUGCAUAGCGUAGGUGCAAUAUCCUCUAGCCUGAACUCCAUCUUGCAUAUAGUUUUAGCUGAGAAGCUUCCGAAGACUUCGAAAAAAGGUAGUCCACUUCUUCGGGGACCAUAAUUUUCUCCCCCGGGGUAAUAAUGGCUCUGUUAACAACGCUUCCUCAACAACAUCCCCAUCAUUCCCUUCGGAGGAAGACUACGGUUGAGGACCUUCCUCGAUCUCUCAGAAGGCGACGCUCAUCGAAGGUGCUUAGUCUCAGAUGCGUACAAUUGCCGAAACGAUCAGCUGAAACCUGUAGCAUUUAGGAUUAGUUCUGCAACUUGCACCACAACGCUGAAAGAUCAGAGACUUCCGAAUAAGUUUAGCUGUUAGUAAACUAAGCGUUUUUAGUCCCGUUACGGUUCUCUAUUUGCCUUUUUUUAUUUUUUUUUUAGUUCUCUCACGUUUUUCCUGCUCACGUUCGUACAAAUUGAUGAAAAGGACACGUGUGUGUAUCUCCUCGCAAGGGAAGAAAUUCUUAUGGCAAACGUCGGCGGCGGCGGAGUGGGAGCUGGAGAGAGAGAAAACCCUCUGGCUUCAUCCGAACCCACCAACUUUAAACGCUAGUCAGCGCUUGGGGAUCGAUGCUAUUUCGAGACCUGAUAGUUUUUAGUUACGCUGCCGUCUUAAGGAACGUUUUUUUUUUUUUUUUUUUUUUUUUUUUUUUUUUUUUUUUUUUUUUUUUUUUUUUUUUUUUUUUUUUUUUUUUUUUACUCCCGAUGAACAUUUCCAAAUGCACAAACGAAAUAACAGUGAACAGUUACAACGACAUUUUUACACCACUCACACAUGGGAAUAUGAUAAUGAAAAUCGUGUAGAGUUUAUUGCCAGUCAUUUCUAUUUUCUUUGUUGUCAAACUGUUUCAUAGUGCCAGGUAUUAUAACUGUAGAUAAUCCCGUAGACUGAAGUGAGCUUGAGAUAAAGCUCAUUAGUGUCGCGUAGGAAGGGAAGAACAGUGAGCUAGAAUUGUUUUGUAGUGAUUUAUCCUUAACAGGUGACUGCAAAAGUGGAGUCACUCUUCUUAGGAAGUUCCUAAGCUUUUUCUUUUUUUUAGAGGAAAAAAAGAAUUGUCACUUUUCAUAUGUAUAUAAAUGAAAACGCACUGGUGUCAUUUUGUAGUUAAGAAACCAACAUUUAUUAUUAUUAUUUUUUUCCGUUUUAGUGAGUAGUUCAGAUAGUGUGUUGGUUAACAGAUUGAUGCUGCCUCCUGAAAGAAGGCUUUGGCAGUCGCUACAGCAUAGGUAUUUUUUUAAAUAUAUAUUAUAUAGCCACGUUGUCAGAUACUGUAUAUUUUACAAUUCAUGUCACCCAUCAUCAUUCCAUUUCGUUCAUUACAGGUAACUGAUCAGCAUCAUCCAUUUUGUUUUCUUGUCAAAUUUAUAAGCGUCAUUUCUCUAUCUCUUUCUCUCUUCUUUUAUUAGAACUUUUUUUUUCUUCGGCUGUUUCUUCUUUCUCGCCAAACUCAUUCAGGCUUCGGGUAUAUCAUUCCAGUCCUCGAGCACCAGGACUCCUCAACUCUCGGCUGUGCCCCGCGGGCAGCGAGCUCCCUCCGUCGUGCGCUCACAGAGAUAUUUUUGUUUUCCGUUUAGAAUAUUUUGAAUCAGAGCGCUUAUACACGUAGACUGCGUAGAGGCCAGAAGGCGCCCUUUGUGAUCGGGAUGGUUGAAUGCCGCAAACUGUCCCUUGCGAGAGGGCGCCGUUCGAAGACCUCCUGGGAGCGAGCGACUGCCGCCAUCGUUUCUUACUUUUUUACCAUUAUAUUCUAUGGGCCAGUCACGGGAGCGUCUUUCAGAGCUGCCCGAAGCCGUUAUCAUUCGACGAAAGUCACCUCGCCAUCUUCAUUCUCUCUCUCGCAGCUGUUGUCGUCGAUGCGAUUGAAGUGUCUCUCUCGUCACGAGUGUUGCUCUGUCUCUCUUUUCUCUUUCUUUUUUAUAUAUAGCGUCGAUACGACCAAAUGUCGACGGAAUCUCGCCUUUGGUCGUAUCUUAUCAUUCCCUAGAGACGCGCCACUACCGACCUCCACCCCCUUCGUCAAGUCGUUCUCUCUCUCUCUCUCUCUCUCUCUUCCUUAGGACAUAAACAUAACUUCUGUCGUUAUUGCUGCUACUGACUCAUUCCAUCCUGGAAGUUUCGCCCCACCUCCUCUUUUCUGUCGCUCCAUUCCCCUCCCACAUUCAUGCAUGCACACUUCACUGACCUCUUCAUUCCAAGAACCCCCCCGCCCCCCUUGCCCGCCCGCCAUCUUCAUUCCAUUGGUCCGUUCCUCAAGUACCUGAAGGAGAGGCUGCGGUGAGAUGAACUGCCGUUACAUCACACUCAACUGUAUUUGUGAUAUCGCCGGGUAAUUUCAAGCGUGUAAUGAUGACAUCUAAAGCUUCGGUUAAUAUUGUUGUUGUUAUUAUUAUUAUUAUUAUUAUUAUUAUUAUUAUUAUUAUUAUUAUUAUCGUCUCCAAAACGAGCAUCACAUUGGGUCCAGGAAAAUCGCAUCCAAGUGUUAUUUUUAUUUUACGUCCAAGUUCCGGCUAUUGUAUUCUUUUUAUUUUUUUGUUUUAUUUUUUUUAAAAGCGAAAUGAAAAAUGUGAUGUAUCAUAGGAUAUUGUGAUAUACUUCUACAUUGUGGAGAUUGGUUGUCAGUGAGCAAACGACCUUAUUUCAAGGUACUGUAUAACGAGUCUUGACUUGGGUUUCACUCUACUGUGACCUUCCGUGCUUAAGAUAGGUGCUUCCUGCCUCAUCGUCUCGUGAAUUUUUCUUCUUCAUCACUUUUCUCCUCGAUAUUACUGAAUGUUACUCGUUCUGCGUUACGCUGCUUUUUCCUCUGUCGCUCUAGAUACAGAGGAACUUUCUUCUACCUUAACCACUCUCUCUCUCUCUCUCUCUCUCUCUCUCUCUCUCUCUCUCUCUCUCUCUCUCUCUCUCUCUCUCCUUGUAAAUAAUUGUUCAUAUUUUACGUAGAUUUAAUGCAAUGAUAAGAAACACCACUGUCUUUUAUUAGUGAUGUAGUCGUUCUAGGUGGCUUGGAUUGUGUGUGCACGCAUUCUUAUAUUCUUUUAGUUUUUAUAUAUACAACCGUCAUUGAUCAAGAGUUAGUUUAAGACCCCUCCCCCCCCCCUACCCAAUAUUACUUUGCUCUUAACAACGGAAGAUUCCCCCUUUUUUUAUGAAGCAACGCAAGGUAGAAUUCUUAUUUACCCAUAGAUAUGCCACUGAGAAACACUACUUUUCCCACCAUUACAAGGAAGGCGAAGAACCGCCGUGCUCUCAGCUCAGGAUCCAAGGCGUUGCUGUGCUUGAACAUUAGUUAGAAGAAAAAAAAAGUAACAUCCUGGUAAGAUAAAGGGAAAACUAAAGAAGUUACGAUGCGCUGUCAGCAAAAGUGGUAAAAUAACUCUUAUCCAUACUUGCGUUCCCUCUCGUGACGAACAGAGGAAGGUAUUCCAGAAUUUCGCUCAAGAGUUUGUAACGAUUAGGUAAUAUUUUUUAAUAACAUUUCUUAUAAGAUGAAUUUUUAAACCUCGUAGAUACCGAAUCUUUUAUCAGCUUGAUUUGACGUUAGCUGUGAAAUAUUUUAACAUUUUUUGUUAGCAGUUUAUGUAAUUAGAACAACAUCCACUGCAAGAGAUUCCAUGAGUUCCGAAUGCCAGUCAAUUUGCAACGCAUUACGACAACGGCCACUAACUUGAAGAAAUUGACAAGAUAGAACAAUAUUCAUAUUCCUUUCACUUGAAGUUGAUGAUACAGCAAGUAAUUAACCUUGUUUCAUUGCUCUAUAUUGUUAUUAUGCAACUGGCUCCCAGCAUAUUACUCCAACCCCUCUGUACUUCGAAAGACUAAGCUAAUACCCAUCUGAUAUAGGAAUACUUUAAUGAAUUCGUUGUUGGGUGAUAACAUUAAGAUGUUGUCAGUACGCAUAAGAAUGGGUUUGUCCAGAUUUUUGGAACACUUACAUAUUUUCAUUAUAAUCACCUCGACAUUUACGUUAGAUAUUUUGCCUUCCAGUUAUUGGAGUUAAUCAAAAUUUUUUUUUAAUAUUAGUAAACUGUUGCAGCUAGUUGAUUUAACAUUCGCACCUACACUUUUUACAUAUGUUUUUUAGCUGACGAGCUGGAGUUGUUCGGUCCAACCCUUUCAUUCAACGACCAACCUAGACGAAACGAAUAGUUGCACUGUAUAUUAUAUAUUCAGUAUUUUAUUCCCGAUGUUUGUAGUAGGAACUUCCUCUUGCACAUUUUUGAGGAUGUCGAAGAAUAUUUUCUACUGACCGUACUUAAUUUUAAUGAUUAUAUUUUUGGAAUACUAUAUUUUAACUGAAGAAGGUUUGAGAGUAGCCACUUUGACUCCCGUUCACGCGGAAAGGGAGGAUUUCCCGAGGACGAAAUGACUUGAUAACAUUUUUAUCGUCAGCGACUUACCUUUCGGAUGAUGAUGUUGUAUGUAUUUUCACAUUUCCUGCACAUUUCCUCUUUGUAAUAUGAGAUGCAGUGAGGCUUUUUAGCUUCUUAAGGAUUAAUUAAAAAAGGAAUUUAUAUUGUGUAUGUAUAUAGUCUUACAAAUGUAGAUGUAGGCCAGACAUAAUGAAGGGAUUCAGGGUGAAUCGAACCCUGUCCCUAAAAGUUCCCCUCCCCCCAGGAGCGUAGGGGGAGAGCAGCCCCUCCCCCCUAAUCAUCCAAAUCUGGAAGGGGAAGAACCACUGGACUUUCCAUAACCUGAUGUUGUGCUGGUCUUACAUUUAAGAAUGUGAAUAUGUCUAUGCAUGUAUAUAUUGCUCUGUGAUAAAAUGGAAAAAACAUAACAGAAUCCCAUAAUGAUUGUUAAAGCGGCCUAAAAUUGAUUUUCUGUUCAGCCUUUCAACAUUCCCCGCUACACUGUCGUGAAGUUGUUAAGAGGCCUAAUUUGUGUCUCCUGCUAUUAUAUAGGCAUCGAGACGAGUGUGCUUUGAACGUCAUCGCCUUAGGCACACACGCAGAUACACACAAACACACACCUUUUUUUGAAGCCGCUGAAGAUGCUUCUGUCUUGUCUUUGAUUCGCACUUUAUCGCUGUCUCGUAUUCUCCACCGCCUCCCCCCCCCCUCUCCAAAGUCCUUUAAAUAUGUAUUUAAAAGACCAUGCUUCCCCCCAUUGAUUGAGUUCGUCUCCCACUGUUACAAUUUCAGUUCUGUUGACACACUCCGGCAUUAAUUGUGGAUCCAGAUUUAUAUGUAUUUUGUUUUUCUUUAUAAUUAUCGGCGAUGUAUCACUAGUUUAGAUGUUACACGAACCAAUUUCUUUCCUGGAGUACUCAGCUAGAGAAUGUCCCAGCGAAUGACAGAACGUCAACGCUUGCUUAUCUGAGAGUUUUUGCCUCAUUUUUAAAAUUUCAUCAAGAAAAAAAAACUCUAGGUACUUCUUUCCUGUCGUCGGAUUUUGCAUUAUUUUUUUAUUAUCAUUUUAGAUUCAUGGUUAAAUCCAAUAUCAAUAGUGAUUGUGAGUCAUCAUGAUUUAUCAUUUCGUGUAAAAUUAAUUCAUUUAUCGUUCGUAUGUAACCAGGUGGGAGAAAAGGAUACAAAUUAGCCUGUCUGAAAACAGAGAUUAUUCAUUGUUUUUGUAUCUGUUGUUGCAUUGUACUUUCAGUCUAUGUUAAUGAUUUCUGUCACUGUUAAUUACCCUGCUGCCUUUGGGUAAAUUGGCCACAAAAUGUAUACAUGAAAACCUUAGUCCACAUUCAGAAGCUUUGGGAUUUCUUCCAAGACCCUGUGAUCCAUCAGUGGCUUUUCCAGUCUCUUCCAGGAGGGUUAAGUCGUUCCAAAAAUGCUUCAGACUUGGGAAGAUUUCUUCCAGGAGCCGUUUAAGAUGACCGCAGGGGAAAAUUAUUCCAAAGCUUCACAAUCAAUAGUUUUUCCCGUAAUCAAAUGCUUGCCAAUAUUGUUUAUUUUCCAUUUCCUUACUAUCUUUUUUUUUAUUAUCCUCUGCUUCCUUUUUCCAUUGGCAUAUACUUUUAUCAAAACCACACAUUUAACAAUAUGUUACUGUAUAAUUUUGUCAUUCUCUGCAAAAGAGGAAUCUUAUUCUGAAAAAGACGUAGAUUUGCUCAACCUACUUGUCACCUGUGACUAUUUCAUUAUGAUCAUUAUGUCGCUGUUAAGAUGAUACUGGUAAUGUAAUUAAACACGAUGUAACGCACCUGCGAAUCAAAACAGUGUAGAAAUUUUCUUUUGUUUUGUUUGUCUAUAUUUCCUGCCCUGAAAUAUAUUUUGUAAUGAAACUUGAA